ACCGGAUGUUACGUCCUCCUCAUUCCUCGACUGCUGCCGAUUAAGCUAACAAAUUAGCAAUGUCUGGUGUCCGGGAUAUUUCAAGUGAAUCUGUAGAAGUCAAAGAAGACCGAGGGUUUGAUGUAGAGGCUGAAGACCGAAUCGGCGAUGGUUACUUUCUGGACCCGACUCGAUAUAUAUUUUACAAAGACCGAAAGGAGUGGGCUGAUCUGCAGCCUGUUACUCAGGACGAUGGACCGAAUCCUGUUGUGAAGAUCGCCUACUCAGAAAAAUUCUCUGAUGUGUAUGACUAUUUCCGGGCGCUCCUGAAGAAUGAUGAGAGAAGCAAUCGGGCCUUCGCCUUGACAGCAGAUGCUAUUGAGCUGAAUGCUGCUAAUUACACAGUCUGGCACUACAGGCGAGUAUUGCUGCAAGCGCUUUCCAAGGACCUCCGGGAGGAGAUGAGUUACAUUACCGCCAUUAUUGAGGAGCAACCCAAAAACUAUCAAGUCUGGCACCACAGACGUAUGGUAGUAGAGUGGUUGAAUGACCCCUCGGAGGAAUUGGAGUUCAUCGCGGACAUUCUCAGCCAAGAUGCAAAGAACUACCACGCUUGGCAGCACAGACAGUGGGUCAUCCAGGAGUUUAAAUUGUGGGACAACGAGCUGGAGUUUGUGGAGAGUCUCCUGGAAGAAGAUGUAAGGAAUAACUCUGCAUGGAACCAAAGGCAUUUUGUCAUCUCUCACACAACCGGCUUCUCUGAUCCAGCCAUCGUGGAGAGAGAGAUUCAGUAUUCUCUGAUCCAAAUCAAGAAGGCUCCCCACAAUGAAAGUGCAUGGAACUAUUUGAAGGGGAUGCUGCAAGACCAAGGUCUGUCGUCUCCGCCAAGCCUCCUGGAGAGGGUCCUUGAGCUGAAGGAAACUCACUGUUCACCUUAUCUUCUUGCAUUUCUGUUUGAUUGCUACGAGGACAUCUUGGAGAACAGCAAUAAAAAGGAAAAUAUGUUGGAAGAAGACCGAAAGGAAACAUUAAGGAAGGCUCUAGAUAUUUGUCAACUGUUGGCACAGGAGAAGGACACCAUCCGUAAGGAGUACUGGCUGUUUUUAGGACGUUCUUUAAAGAACAAAUGCUGCCUCUCUGAGCCGAUGGUGGAUGGAUUUGAAGCAUCCGGGCAGCAGGAGAACAGUUAGACCACCACGAGGCUCACACCUCUUCUACGACCGACCCUGCUUCGUCUGUACUGCCAACAGAACCCCCUCCCCUCCUGCAGUUUGAUAUUACUGAAGAAUGCUAUUCUGUAUUUUGCUGAGGAAGUUUCUUUAAAUGGCCACUGAUGUGAGAUUUCGGUGGAAUUAAACAGAUUGUAACCUUUAGGAUAGAGGAGUGGAUUAUGUGUCAGCUAUUUAUCACCUCCUGUUCAGGAAGAGGAGCUAGGACUAAAUAACUACACAAGUAAACUGUGGAGGUUUGUGUGUAACACGUUUUAGGAUGGAUUCUUUGUGGCACGUAAAACCUUCAGUAUGAUUUGUAAAUGUGCAGCAGAAAGCAUCCUGAACCAUGAGAAUAAAACAUUCUUGUAAUACCAAGA